CAUUGGACAUUCAGCAGACAUUCGCUUCUAAAUAUGCCAUAAAAACAAUAUUUGGCCAUUUUGAUCGAUUUUAAAACCAAUGAAUUUGGUUCACAAUGAUGUCGCUGAUUAGAAUAUGCCAAAAAAACCUUUAUCGCACAUAUAAUUUGAAAGUUAUUGAACGCGGAAAUGUGGGAAAAGUUGCGAAUGUGCGAAUAUAAAACCAACUUUACCCAAGUCUUUUAGACACUGUUAAACCAGCUAAACCGGUUUAUGUCAGAAGUGAAACCUUUACAACCGACUUCAUUUUGUGAAAGGAAGAAUGCGUAAAACAUCAGGAGCGAAAAGCUGUUUUGAAUAAUGUGAAUCUGUUCAGAAACAGUUGAGUUUAAUGCUACUAUUGAGAGAGAAGAGACAGAAUGUAUUUAUGAACUGAUUGAAGUCUUUGUUUGAUGUUCUUCAUUGUUUAGAAAGAGCACUGCCUGUAAAAUGAGAAAGAGAAAGAGUAAGAGAAAGAGAAGGCAGAAGAGAAAGAAGGGUGUUUCUGUUCAUACACAUAAAACAGCAUCUCCAGAACCCAGCUCUGUGUCUGUGAGGAGUGAUGCAUCUUUGCCUGUUCCCCUUAAUAUCAGUGAUGAUGGAGCAGUGACCUCUGACCCUGUCACUUCCAGUAAAUUGAGUGUCUAUGAGGAGAGAAAGGAAGUGGAGGAUGUUCCCACACGUGAAGCAGCAUCUCCAGAACCCAGCUGUGUGUCUGUGAGGACUGAUGCAUCUUUGCCUAUUCCCCUUAAAUUCAGUGAUGGAGCAGUGACCUCUGAGCCUUUCACUACCAUUAAAAUGUGUGUCUAUGAGAAGAGCGAGGAAGAGGAUGAUGUUCCCACACGUGAAGCAGUAUCUCCAGGACCCAGCUGUGUGUCUGUGAGGAGUGAUGCAUCUUUGCCUGUUCCCCCUAAUUUCAGUGAUGAUGGAGCAGUGACCUCUGACCCUGUCACUGCCAGUAAAAUGAGUGUUUAUGAGAAGAGAAAGGAGGAAGAGUAUGUUCACACACGUGAAGCAGCAUCUCCAGAACCCAGCUGUGUGUCUAUGAAGAGUGACGCAUCUUUGCCUGUUCCCCCUAAUUUAAGUGAUGAAGCAGUGACCUCUGACCCUGUCACAGCCUAUAACAUGAUUCUCUGUGAGAGAAGAGAGAGGGCAAAUUAUGUUCACAUACACAAAGCAGGAUCCCCAGAGCCCAGCUGUGUAUCUGUGAGGAGUGAGGCAUCUUUACCUAUUCCUCCCAAUUUCAGUGAUAAAGCAGUGACCUCUGACCCUGAAUUGAUGAGAGAUGAUGUCAAAUCAGUAAUGCCCCAUCUGACCUGCACUGACUCAGAUUGUCAGACCCUCAUAAAGAGAGUCAAAGACCAACACAAAAUCAGCAUGAAGAACAAGUAUGAGAGAUUAUUUGAAGGAAUCAAGCUAGAAAAGAAUCAAACCCUCCUGAACAGGAUCUACACACAGCUCUACAUCAUAGAAGGAGAGAGAGGAGUGAAUGAAGAGCAUGAGGUUUUACAGAUGGAGAAAAGACCCAAAACACAAGAGACUACAAUUUACUGCAAUGACAUCUUUAAACCCUUACAUGAACAAGGAUGUGAGAAGAAAGACAAAAUAAAGACUGUUCUUACUAAAGGCAUCGCUGGAAUUGGAAAAACCGUCUCUGUGCAGAAGUUCAUUCUGGACUGGACCGAAGGAAAAGCCAAUCAGGACAUAGAUUUCAUGUUUGUUCUUCCAUUUCGAGAGCUGAACUUGAUUAAAGAUCACCAGUACAGUCUUCACAGACUUCUGCUGGACUUUCAUCCUGAACUUCAUGAUCUGGACUCAAAGAUUUAUGAGAAGUGUAAAGUUGUUUUCAUCUUUGAUGGUCUGGAUGAAAGCAGAAUUACACUGAUGUUUUUAGACAGACAGAAAGUUUGUGAUGUGAAUGAGUUUUCAUCAGUGGGUGUGUUGAUGUUAAGUCUCAUCAGAGGUGAGCUGCUUCCCUCUGCUCUCAUCUGGAUCACCUCCAGGCCAGCAGCAACCAAAUUGAUCCCAUCAGAAUUCAUCAGCCGUGUGACAGAAAUUCAGGGAUUCAAUGAGCCACAGAAGGAGGAAUAUCUCAGGAAGAAAAUCAGUGACGAGCAUCAAGCCAGCAGAAUCGUCUCACACAUUAGAAGAUCAAGAAGCCUCAACAUCAUGUGUCACAUACCCGUCUUCUGCUGGAUCUCAGCCACUGUGCUUCAGAUCCUCUUGGAACAAGAUGACAGAGCAGAAAUCCCUCAAACUCUGACUGAAAUGUACAUCCACUUCCUGCUGACUCAAAUCAACAUGAGGAAUCAGAAGUAUGAUGAGAGAGAUCCAGAGAAACUCCUGAAGUCCAACAGAGAUGUGAUUGUGAAACUUGCUGAACUGGCUUUCAAUCAGCUGAUAAAGGGCAAUGUGAUGUUCUAUGAGGAUGACCUGGUUGAGAGUGGCAUAAACGUCACUGAUGCCUCAGUGUAUUCUGGGAUUUGCACUGAGAUCUUUAAGGAGGAAUCAGUGAUUCAUCAGAGGAAAGUCUACUGCUUCAUACAUCUGAGCUUUCAGGAGUUUUUAACUGCUUUUUAUCUGUUUUAUUUGCAUGUAGUCAAGAAUGAGGAAUCACUGAAUUUUUUUCCAUUUGAAAAAAAUCCAUUUGAAUACCGUCGGGAAAUAUCUCUGUAUGAUUUUCUAAAGUCUGCACUUGACAAAUCCUUACGGAGUGAAAAUGGACACCUGGAUCUUUUCCUGCGGUUCCUGCUCGGCAUCUCACUGGAGGCCAAUCAGAGACUCUUACAGGAGCUACUGACACACACAGUGAAUAGCUCAGAGACCAUCAUGAGAAUGACACGGCUCAUUAAAGACAACAUCAAGUCUUAUAACCAUCUCUCGGCUGACAGAAGCAUCAAUGUGUUCCUCUGUCUGCUGGAAAUGAAGGAUCAGACUUUGUACAGAGAGAUUCAGGAGUUUGUGAAAUCAAAGAUUCACUCAGUGAAUCAACUCUCUUCGUCUCACUGCUCAACAAUCGCCUACAUGCUUCAGAUAUCAGAGGAGGUGUUGGAUGAGCUUCAUCUGAGGAAAUACAACACAUCAGAUGAGGGUAGAAGGAGACUGGUACCAGCUGUGGUGAACUGCAGAAAAGCUCUACUUGCUGACUGCAAUCUCACUGAUCAGUGCUGUGAAAGUUUGUCUUCAUCUCUACAAUCAUUAAACUCCUCACUGAGAGAGCUGGACCUGAGCCACAAUGACCUGCAGGAUUCAGGAGUUAAGCUGCUCUCUGAUGGACUGAAGAGUUCACACUGUCAACUCAACAUACUGAGAUUAUCUGGCUGUAUGGUGACAGAGGAAGGCUGUUGUUUUCUGGCUUCAGCUCUGAGUUCAAACCCCUCACACCUGAGAGACCUGGAUCUGAGCUACAAUCACCCAGGACAAUCAUUAGUCAAGCUGCUCUCUGAUCCAAACUACAGACUGGACAAACUCCAUGUGGAUCAUGGAGGAGAGUUCAGGAUUAAACCAGGACUCCAGAAAUAUGCAUGUGAUCUCACACUGGAUUCAAACACUGCAAACACUCGUCUUGCUCUGUCUAAGAUGAAAUUGGUGCGAUAUUGGUUAGUGAAGCGGCCGUAUCCUGAUCAUCCAGCAAGAUUUGAUGAGUGUAUUCAGAUUUUGUGUAGAGAGAGUCUGACUGGACGCUGUUACUGGGAGGCUGAAUGGAGUGGAUUCAGGGUUAAUAUAUCAGUGACAUAUAAAGGAAUCAGCAGGAAAGGAAAGAGUGAUCACUGUAGAUUUGGAGACAAUGAGAAGUCCUGGAGUCUCAUCUGGAAUAAUUGCAAUUUCACUGCCAAACACAAUAAGGAGAGUACAGAAAUAUCUGCCCCAUCACAUUUGUCACACAGAAUAGGAGUGUAUCUGAACUGGUCGGCUGGCACUCUGUCCUUCUACAGUGUCUCUGACACACACACACUCACACACUUACACACAUUCAACACCACAUUCACUGAACCCCUCUAUGCUGGAUUUGGAUUUUGUUAUCCUGGUAGUUCAGUGUCUCUGUGUGAAAUUAAGCAGCCUUCAGUAAGAAAUAACUGAGACACACAGUUGUGUGAAAGAAAUAAACUCUUGUUAUCUCUGUCUUUAACUUUAACUGUAAACUGUCUUUCUCUCUUCUAAUCUUAAUUUCAGUGUGUAUAUAGAAACACGCAUUGACUUAAGCCUAAAGGAGAUACCCCAGUUGUGUAAAGACAUCUGAAUGUUGCUCAACAAGAAUUUUGCCUUUCUUUCUUUUUGUCUUUCUUUUUGCUAAAAAAAAGAACAUACAGUAAAAUAAAGCACAAAUAUGCAAA